AUGGUUGCCGGCGUGGUGAUUCCCGUUGACCGGCACACCACCGACACGGAGCCGACCGACGGCAGCCGGACCUACGCCAUCAUCGUGUGCGCGUUCGCGUCGCUCGGCGGCUUCUUCUUCGGCUACGACCAGGGCGUGACGUCCGGCGUGCUGAUCAUGGACUCGUUCCUGAACGACUACUGCGUGGGCUGGCACAACUUCACGUACGAUGAGUGCACGCGCUCGUCCGCGGACUUGCCUGGCGAGUGGACCACGUUCACGGUCUGGUACAACAUGGUGUACAACCUCGGGUGUCUGGUGGGCGCUCUCAUCGGCGGCUACGUCGCCGACAAGUUCGGCCGCCGAGCCACCAUCAUGUCGGCCGGCGUCCUCUUCUGCAUCGGCACGACCUGGGUCUGUCUGAACCCCGCGCAGGACCACACGCUCAUGUAUCUGGCGCGUAUCGUGCAGGGCUUCGGUGUCGGCAACUCGUCGUUCUCGCUGCCUCUGUUCGGCUCGGAGAUGGCGCCGAAGGAGCUUCGCGCGCGUCUGUCGGGACUGAUGGUGUUCCCCGUGACGUUCGGCCAGUGGCUGGCCAACCUCAUCAACAUCUUGGUGGAGGACAACAGCAGUGGCUGGCGCAUCAGUAACGCGGUGUCCAUGAUCCCCCCGAUCAUCGUCAUGUGCGGCAUCUUCUGCGUGCCCGAGAGCCCUCGCUGGACAUACCAGCAGAAGGGCAAGAAGAAGGCCGAGGCAGUGCUCAAGCGUCUGCGUCAGACCGACAACGUGCAGCACGAGUUGGCUGCCAUUGGCGACCAGAUUGCUCAGGAAUCGGCCAACGACCUGGGACUCAAGGAGCUCUGGGAGCCUUCGGUCCGCAAACGUGUCAUCAUCGCCAUGGUGUUCCAGCUGGGCCAGCAGGCGACCGGCAUCAACCCCAUUAUGACCUACGGCUCGCUCAUCUUCAAGGACAUCACGGGUGCCGGCAUCUACGCGUCGCUGCUCCUCAGUGGAGUCAACUGCUUGAGUACCAUGCCCGGUCUCUUCAUGCUGGACAAGUUCGGGCGUCGUCAGAUGGCCUUGAUCGGAGCUGUGGGCAUGGUCAUCGGUCACCUCUUCGCUGCCAUCCUCUUCACUGCGAUCUGCAACGGCAACGUCGACAACGCCGGGUGUCCUGAGGUCGGAGGCUGGUUCAUCUGCAUUGGUACGGCCUUCUUCGUCUUCAGCUACGCCGUGUCGUGGGGAGCGGUGCCCUGGAUCUACUGCUCCGAGAUCUUCCCGCUCAACGUGCGCGCGACGGCUGUGUCCCUUUCGACCGCUGCCAACUGGGUCGGCGGCGCGCUCAUGACGGAGAUCGUCAAGCUCUUCCCGUACCUGAACAUCAACGGCGUCUUCUUCCUCUUCGCGGGGCUCGCCGUGUGUUGCGGACUUUUCGUCUACUACUUCUGCCCGGAGACAAAGGGAAUUCUGCUCGAGGACAUCGAGGAAUUGUUCCACAAGCCCGUGAACGCCAAGUCCCCCGCCACCGGGUACAUCGAGACCAAGUCCCCCGUCGAGGUGGCAUAA